AUGGUCAGACAUAAACCUGACCGUUCCGACUGGUUUCCCGCCGUCUGUUCAAACAGCGGCUGCAACAACACAACAACGUUGCCCCCCCGCUUUGCAGGCAAUUUUCCCAAUUGUCGCAAGUGCGACUCUCCUCUGACGACAGAACGGUCGUUGAUCCUGAAACAAGGAUCCGCAUCCAAUCGUGGUGGCGGAGGCAAGGGCUCAAACACCCCAGGUGGCAAGUCUGGCGCCGGUGGUAACACCAACGCGUCUAGCAGUGCCCCUCCCAGCUCCAAGCGUAAGCGCAACGGCGAGGAGGAGGACACAUCCCUGGGCGAGGAACAACCUAUCAAAGCAGAUGCUAAGAAGGUUAAAUCCGAGUUCCCCGUAGAUACCUACAGAGGGCAACAUCACUGGUGCAUGUUCCAUCAUAUUCUUGGACAUGCUUUCAAGGUCUGCGACUCAAACGAUAUCAAAGACUAUGGCCAGGUUGAUUACAGCCUCCAUCUCGAGUGGGAAAGACUGGCAUCAUUCGAUGAGGUAUACUCUGUUUGGGUUGACCAGCUCCCUCUCCAUCUGACAGGUGCCAUGCAUCAUGCGGCCCUGUUCAACGGCGUUCUUCACGACUGGCGACAAUUUGUCAUCAGGAGAGAUCUUCUCAUGAUUGAGAUCGCCGCGAUCAUCGAAAGUGUCGUGGACGACAAUGGCGACAAGAGCACUCACCUUAGCGUGGAGCUUUUGCACAUUGCUACGCUUGCCUUUGCGCAGCAAGCCCAUUUCGUGGCCAAGCUCGCAGCGUGGCUCAAGUCGUGGGUUGAGGUAGUCGAUCACGCUCUCGCUCCGCUUAUCCAAGCCGCGAAAGCUGACUCGUCGCCGCAGGCAUUCCUUCACGAGCAAGAAGUCCCUCCACCACUGAACCCUUCCGUGAUCAUGGCGAAGGUCAAUGCCUUAAAGGGAUUGAUCCAGGACUACGAGAAAGAGAUCUUCUUGAUCCGACUUGGUCUGUCCGAGACCAUGAAUCGCACGAGAUAUCUCGGCAACGCAAAUGCUUUAAAGCUUUGCUGUUCGUUCAUCUCCGAUUGUCUCCUCAUUACCGAAGACUUUAAGGAGAAUGAGCCUACCAUCCAUCUUGUGCGUUUGCCAGAGCUGGAUGGCAUUGCCAAAGACAUCACAAAGGCUGUCAAUGACGACUUUCCUGGCCGCUUCAACGCGCCAUCCUUCGACUUUCUUCCGCGGAAGUGA